AUUACUAACUAACUAACUCGUAAAUUGGAAUUUUAAAUAAUGUAAACGUCAAAAUCAAAAAUCUAAAUCAAAAUACUUUAUUCAACAUUGAAGCAUUAACUAACUAAACUACCACCGGUUCGGAAAAGAAACACCCAGCCCUGAGAGAAAAAAGCGAAAGAAACUCAGCGGUUUAAAAAAAAAAUAGCUUGGCGACGAUCGUCUCAUUCCCAAGGUAUCAAGGCUUGGCUAGCAUCGUAGGCUAUCAUCAAAAAAAUCAUUAAUUGUAUAAUAAUCACACAAGCGUUCCUUUUUUUUUUUAAUUUAUGAACUGAGCGUCGAUUUCAGCAAAUGUAAAAUGUAUUUUUAGGUAAUAUCUAACCAUUGGUUAAUUGAAUGCUUCAUCCAGACACUUUAUAUAGCCAGAUUAUUAGGAUUGUGUGUAAUUACAUAAUUAUAAAAUACACGAUAACAUGCAAAAAAAACAUAGUAACAAGGUUACAUAAAAAAUACAAAAAAAAACAUAGUAAUUCUUCGGGUUCGAACCCUCACCAAUUCUAAUAGAGCGCAUGAAAGAUAUAUAACUAAACGCGGCUUCUUUUCCGUAUUAUGAGAUCUGUAAUUUACACUGGCUCACUCACCAUUCAAACCAUAAUACAACCAAAAUUGAAUACUAAGUAGUAAGUAAUAGAAGCGUGUUUAAUCAUAUUUCUCGACCGCCCGCAAAAACAAUUUUAAAGUAUUACCCAAAAUUUGUGCAUAUUAAAAUAUUUAUAUUUAAUUUCAAAACACACCUGCCUCACUGAUUAACCUUGCUUCGUUAAGGCAGGAAUACAUUAAUAAGUAUUUGGUGCUACUUUUAUUAUUAAUUUGUUCGUUUAACUUGCUGUUUUGGUUAACGCAGUUACAACAGUAAUGUUAACUCUUUAUCUCACGGCGUAAGGUCGAUAUGACUAAUUAAAUACAACAUACUUAAUUUUAUAUAUCAGCUAUACACAAACACCGUUUUCUCUUCGCGUCAAUUCCAUUACAUAUUGUAUUUUCCCGCGCUCCGCGAUAUAUGACACCCGCAAUGACAGAUGGAUAGAUACACAGAUAAUAUAUAUUCAUAUUUUAAAAUACUAAUUAAUUUAUAAUUGUACACUACAGUCACAUUAUUGAGAUCAUAUUGACCAUGAAAUACUUUAAAAAAAAAAUUCUUUUACGAUAUUUAAUGAUUAAUUAUUUAAUAAUUUAAAAUUAAUAUGUCGUGGAAAACAAUAAUUUUAAUUAAGUCGCCGACUUGAAUAUAGUAGUAACGGGUAAACGCGGUGACGUCAUUUGUUUUUGAAGUUAUGUGGACAGAGUCGUGUUGGAAAGUGGGGGGGACUGUGUAUCAAACACUUGCGUUUGAGAAACCGACCAGUCCACACCUCCAAGGCGAAACUGUCGGUUUACCUACCUAGUACCUAUACCUAAUUAUAGUGGAUUGUGAUUUGCAAUAAUAAAUCUUUGGUUAUACCUACAUCGAGUUUAUUUUGAUACAAUAUCGUGAUGGACCCCGUACCACCGAACAUAGACAAAGACAGCUCUAUCGCUCAGCCGUCGCUGCCGCCGACAUCAGAAGUGGGAUCUGAAUUCCACUGGCGCACAAUGUUCGAGAUUCAGCAGAGAAAUAUGAUGCAAUUGAUUGAGGCUAUUCGAACAUCAGUAUCGUCACUCAAGAUUUCUCUGCCGGAGUUCAACUCAGAGCAACCAGAUGCUGAUCCACGUGCUUGGUGUGCUACGAUUGAUAUUUGCGUUAAUGAACGUCCACUGGAAGGUGCAUCGCUCAUCAUAGCUCUCAGUAAGGCACUGAAGGACAGCGCCUCAUCGUGGCUGUCACAAAUCUCCCAUGCGGCAUAUGCAAGCCGUGUGAUGACGUCACUGUUGACUAAAUGGAAGAAUUUAAGUCACGAAGAACGCCAUUUAAGAAGCUACGUCAUAUGUGCUGGCUCGUAUUGUCCAGUUCGAUUCGCGUUUGUAUUGCUUAGCAUUUACAAGUGAAAUUACGACACGUAACAAAUUACUGCAAGAAGUGAAGAUAAUUUGUGGUAACGUAUUAUACGACAAAAACGAUCUGGUAAGUACGUUUCAAUUUGUUUAAAAUCGAUAGACUGUGUCUUACCAUAUGUCGUACUUAAUAAGUUUCUUAGUAACUUUAAAAUUCAGCUUGUGCUUACGUUGCUAUAAUUUCUUUAUUUACCUACCCUGCUUUGGAUUAGUAUUAAUUAAGAGUGAUCUUGUACAAUGAUAACUAAGAAACUUGCCUAAUAACGGUCGCAUGACCGUGACUCACGUUUCAGAAAUCUAUUAACGCUGCCGCGACCGCAGGUAGUGAUUGUGACUAUGGUGGAGUCGUUGUCUUCGCCAUGGCGUCCCGUGAGUACUGUCAUGAAUAGCCAUGCUGGUGCUGGUGGUAUAUAUAUAUAUAUAUAUAUACGAUCUAUCAAUACUACGGUGAGAUCCAACCAAUAUUUUUAUAUUUCUAAUUUUGACAUUGAUAUUUGGUGCGAGGAGGUAGAUCGUGAUAAAAUUUAAAGUCAACGGAGUGAUAAUGAGCGUUGGUCUCGCAUUGGUAAUUGUGUUCUGAAGCGUGUACUGCGCUUUUCGAUUAAGUGUAUAAGGAAAAGACUGUACUGGCCCUACUAGUCGGUAUUUUUGGUUAACGGUAUGUCAAGUCGCUGUUAGUGGAUAAUUUUCAGUAGCCAAUACUAACGAAUGCUUUGGUAUUGUGUACCAAAUCACUUGGGUUGGCCUAAAAUUGUUAUUAUUAUUUAUAAUUGUAAUAUUGACAAUAUUAUAUUACUUUUGAUAAAAAUAAGCAACUAGUACGUUUGAAAAUACAUUCUUAAAAAUCAACGUCACAUUUCUUAUUAAUUGCCGUUCCUUGUCAGCUAGUAAACGCAAUAUUAAAAUAUGACAUUCUCUAUAAUUUAAUUACAAAAUAAUAAAAAAAUAACGCAAAACUGGAUGUAAUAGUUGAACAAAACCACAUUUUAUAAUUGAAGUUUUUAUAGAUUGCGGCGAACACAGGUAGCUCAGAAAUCCGUGUUUAUAAAGAUGUGUCUGUGAAUUCGCCUCAAGCCGUCAAAAAUGUUUCUAACAAUUAUCUCUGCUCUUUGGUAGUGUCUGAGAUGAAUAUUGGGGCCUAACUUGCAUCCCGUGUAAGUACUCUCUGCCACCUGAUGAUAAGUGGUCACCAUAGCCGGUUGAAAUUGGUGCUGUAAGUGCUCAAUAUGCUACCAAACUUGGGAACUAAAAAGUUAUGUCCCUUACUUAUUCUUUAAACCGGAACACAGUAACACUAAUCAUAAAAUAUAUCUAAGUCAGCCUGCUGCUUGGAAGUGUAUUAUAUAGUCUAAAUAUCCUUGGCAAAGCAGCAUAGUGUCCAAUAUCUUAAUUAGAUGUAGAAAUGUAAAAAUAGUUGGAAAUGUUUAUACGAGUUAAACGAAGGUAGGUACGUUAAAGUUUGUUUGUGAGGAAACACAAUUAGUUAUGUCUUUAAUAAAAACAUUGAAGAGAAUCGGUGGGUUCACAUCUUGAACCCAUCUGAUGUGUGGUACAUCUGAUGGCGCUUAGAAAGUAUAAGAAUUGUGGCCGCUAGUUAUUACUUUAGAGGAACUUUUAUCUAGAUAUGACAUAAAUCUUAUUCAUAAAAUAUGGUUUACGCCAAAGUAGUAAUGAACCACCGAUGCUAGCUCGUCAGAGUUUAUUUAACAUAAAUAGGUCUAAUAUGAUGAAGAGUAGAAAACUGCUCUUGUCACUGCAACUUUUAAAUUGUUGAUUCUACAACAAUAUUUUUUGAAAUUUUUAUAGAUAUAUAUUUUAUAGACAUAAUACAACAUACUUAAUAAAUGUAACAUAUUUAAUAAAAUAUAGUUUAAUUUAUUUAAAAGACUAAAACGCCUAACAAAUGUUGCUUAAAUCUUUUUUAAAAGAACUGACAGGACACUUAGAGGACAGGAUACUAUGUCGUAUAAUAUGUAGUACGAUUUUAUUACUAUACGCUGCUAUGUAACAAUCCGCUUAAAGCAACAGCUUAAAAUCAAUGAGGGUAUAAUAACAUUUUUGUUUUGCUAUUCUAUAGCACAAUAUAUACGCACAAGUAUGCCUAACAGGGACAUAUGGCGAAGGCUCACGAGCCUUGGCCUUCGUUAUUCGCCUCACGAGGCGAAUAACAUCUGCGCCAUAACAUAAUACUUCAUGGCAACCACGACCGCUCUGACAAAUGUCACGACGAAGAUGAAUACCAACAUUUACAAGAUUUUAUUAAUGAAAUACAAUUUAUGUAACCAAAAAAAUAUAGUUUAUAAUUUUUCACAUUAACUUUUUAUAAUACUUUUUUGUAAUAUUGUUUUUUAGAAGAAACGAAUAUUCAUAUUUUUCGUAGUUUUAAUUCGAUCGUAGAAAUAUUUAAAAGUUUUUGUUAACUUUUGAUUUUUAACGGUUAUUAUUUUUUUGUUGUGUCAAACUUCAAUAUCAUUUUCUUUUAAUAAUAAAAAAAUAAUUUUAGUUUUUACUUGGCAUUACUUUACAGGGGUGAUUUGAUUAAGAACUAUUAGAAUGGUUAAACAAAGUUUCAUAUAUAUAUUUUUUAGUUUAUUAUUAUAUACACUUUCAUUCCGAGGUUGAACCUAAUAUCUGAGCUGAAUCUACCAAAAAACGAACUUACCUAACAUUUUUAUACAUAAUGUAAUAUAUAGAUUCGAAGGUGAAUUCAAAACUGCGAUCUAUUGUUGUGAGGCAAAUAAAAAAAUAAUAAAGGAAACUACGUUUAGAAUUGUAUCUUUAGCAGAGAGAUAAAAUUGUAAUGCUAUCUAGAUUCAAAAUAUUUUUUCGUCAGUCACGGUAGCAUGCAAAAGCGAUCCCAUAGCGCUCCUCGUUAAGAUGGAGAAGGAACCGCUGGUUUUUCACGUGGUAUUACGAUGUUCGGGCGUAAUUCGGCACCGUGGGAGAAACACAUAACGCCUUUUUCUAGCGGAAAAAAAAGGUUUAAAAUAUUCAUUAUUUUACCUACAAAUGAGACUAAUGGUCAACCCAAUUAAUCGAACAAGUUUUAAUUUCAUGUUUUCCAGAAAUUUGUCAUAUAAUUUUUUAUAAAUAUUAUUUAUGUGUAAGUACCAUGUAGAACUACUACACAGUGUUUUUUUUAUAUCAUUUAAAUAUUUUAAGAACUUACAAUAAUAAUUCUGCCUUCAACAGAUUGCGCUGACAGUUGACACGUGACAGUUAGUCAUGUUGACAUAAAUUAAGUUGAAUAACUUGCUUGUAAUUUUUGUGGUAAUAUAAUGGAGAUUACAAAAAAUAACUUUUCUCAAGAAUUAGACAACAUAACCAAUAAUUUGAAACGAUCGUGUUUCGUGAGUUUCGACGCGGAGUUUACGGCAAUUUUAUCGGGUGAAAGUUUUAAUCAUAGGUUAUUCGACACCAGCAAAGAAAGAUAUGAUCUUAUUAAGAAUGAAGUGAGCAAAAUGAUCAUGACUCAAUUCGGUUUAACAAUGUUCCAGUAUGAAAGGGAACAAGACAGCUAUACAGCUGUUGGUUACACAUUCCAUUUGUGUCCGCAAGCCUUUUGUGAUAUAGACCAGUCUUUUAUAUUUCAAGCUUCUACACUUCGAUUUCUUUGUAAACACAAAUUUAACUUUAACAAGUUUAUAUAUGAAGGCCUUCCUUACUUGAGUAAAACUGAGGAAAAGCUUAUACGGCAGCAGCUACAAGAUAAAACACUGUUUAUUAAUCUAAUUAAUAAAAUGAAUAUGGACGAUGAAAGAACUCUUCAGCAUUACUGUUCUGAGGUGUCAAAGUGGCUGAUGAAUGGUGAAGAAGAAACUCUUUAUUUUGAUAUUGAAAAUCCCGUAAUGCGUUAUAUAGUCCACAAUGAAAUAAGACUGCGAUUUCCUGAUGUACUUACGACUGAUAGCUUAGGUAAUAGCAAUAAGGUCCUUAUAUACCGAGAUAAGAAUGUAGAAGGCGCAAAAAGUGCACCAAUAACUGUACUGGAAGAAAAUUUAAUAAGCAACAUAUUAGGAUUUUCACAGAUAAUUAAUUUACUUGCAGAGCAUAAAAAACCUAUUGUGGGUCACAACAUAUUCUUAGACACUAUACUUUUACACAGUCAGUUUAUAGGACCCUUGCCAAAGAAUUACUCUGUAUUUAAAAAAAAUAUAAAUGACCUCUUCCCAACAAUAUUCGAUACAAAAUAUAUAUCUCAUGAAAUGGGCAGAAAAUUAACAUCGGAUGAAACAUGGAAAUCGAACGCGCUCCAAGAUUUAUAUGAAUUCUUUUUAGAGGGAAAACUUAGUUGGCUACAAACGGGUAUGAAUAUUGUUAAACUAAAAAUCCCGUUUGAUGUUAAUCAAACCUACCAUGAAGCAGGAUGGGACUCAUAUUGUUCGGGUUACUGCUUCAUUCGUUUGGGUCACUGGGCGGCCUGUGAGGCAAGUGGAAAGUUAAAACCCGUGGGACCAAAAGAAAAACUUGCUGCCCUGAGUCCUUUCUGCAACAAAGUUAAUAUAAUCCGUGGAGCUGUUCCUUAUAUGAAUCUCGUGAACAACGAUCCGCCGAGUCAUCGCCCCGAUUUACUACACGUUAAAUCAAUUAAGGAACGAGUUAUUAAUGUCGAAAAGGUAACAUCUGUUCUCGCGAGCUUUGGGUCUUUAGACAUAAAACGUUAUGGCCGUCGAACUGCGCUUGUUGCGACCAGCUCGCGGAACGUAGCAGACAGAAUAUUGAAGCAGUUUAGGAACGACGGGGAGUACAGAAUAGCGCCAUAUAGGUUUGUCAAACAUUCUCCCGUCGGUCGUGUAGCUGUUUGGAGCAGUGCUAUUAUAACCGGUAGCAUAUUAUUCAUCUUCUUGCAUCGAAAUGUUAAUACAAAAAUUUUAUGAUUUAAACUCCAUAAUGAAUGUUAUGUUUAAACAAUAACUAAAUAUAAGUAACAUAAAGAUGUUACUAAGAUGUAUACAAAGUGUAUAGAUUAAUUUGUAGAUGGUACCGCUGCCGAAAUAUUUUAAAAAUAGUUAAAAUCGUGCGAAACGUAUUGUUAUUGAGUUUAAAAAAGUUUUUAUAAAAGCUGGUGUUUUGUAAGAUAUUGUUAAAUAAAAAAGUCAUCUACCUCAA